AUGUUUCCGGGUCAGGAUGAAGAACAGCAAACUGGCACACGGAAUCAGUCCGACCAGGAGGCGACGGACGGCGGAGAUGACCGCCGGCAGGCGCGCUGGGUCAGCCGGAGAAGAAUCCGCGGGAAGGGGUGGAAAAUUUGGAGGAUUUAUCUGAAUGCCUAUAGCGGGCCUGUAGACAUCGACCGAUCUCAGUUCUUAUACUCUUCGUCACGUACAAACCUCGUCUUCUUUCAGCUGGACGCCGCACCUUUGCCCCAGAUUGACCCGUCGGAGCUUCACAACCGAUUUAGCCUCCGCUUCGAAUCGGGACUAAUUUAUUCAGUCUCUCUAAUGGAAGAGAUCCUCUCUAACCUAUCAAUGGAAGAAGACAUGAUAGAAGAGAUUUUGGUGAAAUUUCCGGUGAAAACAUUGAUGCGUAUGAAGUGCGUUUGCAAGUCUUGGUGUAGUUUAAUCGCGAGUCAACGUUUCGCCGAAAAGCAUCUCAACCACCACUCUGCAAACAAAUCCAAUGACCAAAUUAUGAUUUUUCGUACUCUGGAAAAGGACAUUGUUUCCCUUCAUUCCCCCGAAUCACUAAACUUUGUUGCGCCACCUCUACCAAUUGCCAAAAAGCCCAUGGUAGUCGGGCUUGUUUCUACACCUUGCAAUGGGUUGAUUUGUUACCAAUCCGCAAACAACGAGAUUAUGUUGUGCAACCCUUCGACUCGAGAGUUUAAGCUACUCCCUCCGAGCCAUUUCCCUCAACUCUAUGGAUACAAAUAUAUAGAUCAUGCAAUCGGAUUCGGAAUCCACAACAAGGACUACAAGGUUAUUUCAAUUGCAUAUUACCUUCCUGAAGGCCAUGUCCGCAACCAAGACAGAUUAUUCAAAGCUCGAAUUUACAGCACGGUUUCCAACACUUGGAGAAGCACCUCCCACGACCCCACACCAGUAUAUACUAGAGGCAUUGUGCCCACGGUCAAUGGGCGUUGCCAUUGGAUCUCGUACCAUCCCGAAAAACCAACGAAACUGUUCAUACUUUCUUUCGACAUGCACGACGAGAUGUUUCUUCCUAUGGAGCUUCCUAGUGUAGUGAAGUUUCCAACCGACGAAAAUCUUCUUCAAGUUUUGGAUGGAUCUCUUGCAGUGUACAUCGGUUGUGGCGUAGCCGUUGAUAUAUGGGCGAUGCAGGAAUAUGGGGUGGUCGAAUCGUGGACAAAGAAAUUCACGUUUCAAUAUACGUUGUAUUCACGUGGGGAUCCCCUACUCUUGUGGAAGAAUGAGAUCCUUCUUAUGCCGAGCAUUGGUAAGGAUCUCAAAGUGCGGUUGGCGUGGUCGUAUGGAGACCAAAGGUUUGAAAUCGAUGGCAGGAGUUGUAGAUUCAAAGCCAUGCAUUACGUGGAAAGUUUAAUAUCCCUAAAGUGA